UCCAAACAAAAUAUGGGGCCUCAAAUUUUCCUCUUUGUUCUAGCAACUAUAUACCUAUCUUCCCAUGCACAAUACGACGCCGUUGCAAAUCCAAUCCUUCAGCUUCGCCUCCUCUCCGGCGCCGGCGGCCACCGCAUCAAGGGGGUGAACUGCCUGAGCUGGCGGCUGGCGGUGGAGACCAACAACCUCCAAGGGUGGAAGUUGGUGCCGCAGUCGUGCGAGAGCUACGUCGGCCACUACAUGCUCGGCAAGCAGUACCGCCUCGACUGCGAAGCUGUGGCCGACGCCGCCAUCGAGUACGCCAAGACCGUCAAGCCCGCCGCCGACGGCAAGGACGUUUGGGUCUUUGAUAUUGACGAAACUACCCUCUCCAACAUGCCCUACUAUGCCCGCUCGGAUGUCCAAUUCGGGGCAAUAGCAUACAAUGAUACGAAGUUCAACGAGUGGGUGGCAGAAGGGAAGGCGCCUGCGGUGCCGGCCAUCAGAAACCUCUACCUCAAAGUCCAGUCUCUAGGGUUUAAGACAGUUUUUUUAUCAGGAACAGCUGAGAAAUUCACGGGCAUAAGGAUCGCCAAUUUACAUGAAACUGGCUAUGACAAAUGGGAGAAACUCAUCCUCAAGGGAGAAGAUCAGCAUGGGAAAUCGGCUGUGCAGUACAAAUCUGAGAAGAGAAGUGAGUUAGUGAAGCAAGGUUAUAGAAUUGUGGGAAAUGUGGGAGAUCAAUGGAGUGAUUUGAUUGGUACAAAUGUUGGAAGCCGUACCUUCAAAGUGCCAGAUCCAAUGUACUAUAUUGCUUGAUUAAUUAGUGGCCUAAUUAAUUGGCAAUUAAUCUGAUUAAUUGUUGUGUUUUUAUGAGGUUUUAGUUUCAUGUGAGAAUAAGUUUGGCAUUAUAUGCCUUACGUUUGGUUAAGUGUAAGCUCACUUUGUUGUUGUAUUGUUUACCUUGGUAUGAAUAAGAUUGGAUAAUUGUGUUCAA